CGGUGUUGUGCUCUCCCGGAAGUGCCGAUCUCCUCUAUACCUCGGCCGGCGCCGCUCGCUCUCUCUCUUCCUCGGUCUGUCUGCGGAGAAGGCGGACGCUUGGGACCGGCAUCAUGGCGGCCCUUAGACCUCUCAUCAAACCCAAGAUCGUCAAGAAGCGGACAAAGAAGUUCAUCCGCCACCAGUCAGACCGUUAUGUUAAGAUUAAGCGUAACUGGCGCAAGCCCAGAGGUAUUGACAACAGAGCUCGCAGGAAGUUCAAGGGACAGAUUCUGAUGCCCAACAUUGGUUACGGUAGCAACAAGAAAACCAAACACAUGCUACCCAGCGGCUUCCGGAAAUUCCUGGUGCACAACGUCAAGGAACUCGAGGUUCUGAUGAUGAGCAACAAGUCCUUCUGUGCGGAAAUUGCUCACAACGUCUCCUCCAAGAACCGAAAGACCAUUGUGGAAAGAGCGGCACAGCUCGCCAUCAAAGUCACAAAUCCCAACGCCAGACUGCGCAGUGAGGAGAACGAAUAAACAUCUUUCCUGCUACUUGUGUAAAAUAAAAGUUAAACUAAA